UUUUGUUUAAAUUAUCCUCUAGGUUUUGCUCAUUUUACUCUGCAUCAUGUUAUACAAGUUUUCCUCAGUUUAUCUGAAACCAUUCCUUUCAUGAUUUCUUAUGAGUCAUUUAUUUAUAUUCCAUUGUUUCAUAUGACAUACUCUUUUCAGUCAUUCCCCAGUUGAUAAACAUCCUUUAAUUCCAGUUCUUUGUCAUUUCAAAAAGAGCCAUCAUAUAGGUUUAUAUAAAUAUAGCUUUUAUGGAAUUGUGAAAUCACUGGAUUCCUCCUUUUAUUUAUUAAACCAGUAAGACCAAAUUCAAGUCAACAAUUUUUUUUUAAGUUAGUGCCAUAUACAGUUAGUCCCAAAGUGACCCCUGUCAACUAAAUUACUAUUACCUUAUAAGUGAUAUAACCAGGUAAAAUCACCUCACCUUUUAAAGUCUCCAAUUCCUCAUCUGUAAAAUAGGGGUAAUAAUAAUCUUAGUAUAUACCAAGCAGAUACCUUAAUAUCUAUCUGUUGUAGGGCUUCAUGUAUGUAAAAUUAUUUGUAGACUUAAAUACACAUAUAAAACAAUUAGAGGAUAAUGUAAGGUAACAAAAUAUAUUCUAAAUAAUGUGCUAGUAUAAUAGAAAUUCAAAGAAAAAUGUUGGUGUGGCCUUUAGUAGUUUGGAAAGACUAUAAGAAUUAGAACUUAGCCUGGGGUUUUUUAAUUAAUACAGAAUUUGGAUUAGUAGAAAAAAGAAUUUGAAUUGGCAGAUAAAGUUGACUAGAUGGGACCAAUUGAUAGUGGCACUUAACCAGAUUGAAGAAUAUGGAGUUGAUAGAGCAUUUCUGUAAAUUUAUAAGGAAGAGAUGAUAAAGAGAUGAUAGGAAGAGCAGUGGCACAUAAGACACAAUCUAUUUUUCUUUUGUUAUUAUUCUUUAAUGUCUCAUAUUUAUUCUCUUUGGGAGGUCAUAUGUUUCAUGACCUUCAGCUGUUAUUCUUACAUCUAGAGGUCUAAUAGUAUAUAAGACUUCACUUGUCUGGCCUCAUUUGUUUAAGCUAUAAAAUAAGGGCUUUGGACUAUGAUAUCUAGGGUCCUUUAUAACUAAUAUUUUCAUUUGUUUUUCAUCAUAGUAGUGACAGACGUCCAAGUAGAAAAGACCUUUGGGCAAUUGAAAAUAUAGAAUUUGAACUUAGUUGAUAAAUUAGAGAUGGCAGUUACUUAAGAUAUCAGUUCAAAGGUUAUGGUUGAAGUUAGAAUGGUGGAUGAAUAGCACUUCAGUAAUAGAAGACCACAUACACAAUUUAAAGGUAGUGAUGGUAAAAUCCUAGGAAAGUAAGAUGUCAUAAAAACCAAAGCAUAGUCUCAAGAAGUCUGAGUUAAUGUCACCAUUGUCAUAAUGCAAUAGUAACAAUCAAUAGGACUUAAAUAAGAAUUUUAAAUUUUUUUUCUAGAAAAGGGUUAUCCAUCUUAAAAAGAACACUCAGUGGAAUGAUAGAGGUAGAAGUCAAAAUGUUUAGGGAUCUGGGAGAGAAUAAAUAGUUAGGCACUGCAAAUAAUAUAUGUGAGCCAUUUGAGGAGUGGGAAAAGCAAUGGAGUGGUAGAUGACAAGCAUAGAGGAAAGGGUAAAAGCUGUCAAGGGAAGAAUUUUUUAGGAUUCUGAAAACCCAAGAUUACUUGAAGACUGAACAAAAGAAGUCAGUGCAGAAGAAAUUUAUAUUCCUCUGGAUAAUCCUCAAUUCAAAGUAGCUCAUACUUUUCUUGUGAAAAUGUGGCUUGUAUAUAUUUGAUAAGCAUUUGAUUCUAAUUGAAUAUUGUAAUAUUAUUUUAGCACUUGCAAGAUUUGUAAUUUUAUAAAUAUGGAUAUCCUGUCUCUUGGUAUAUUGUAAUCCCUCUACAAAUUAGUAGCUGAAAACUUUAACAAUUGGCUAGUGCUUUUCAUAAACUAAUAGUCCCUUCAAACUCAUAAAAGUCUUAUGAGGUAAAUGCUAUUAUUAUAUCCAUUUUAUAGAUUAGAAAACAGGUUGGAAAAGGGUAAGGGACCUGAACCAGAAUCACAAGGCUAAUAAGUGUCUGAGGUAGAAUUCAAACCUGGGUCUUAUAGAGAAUGUCUAACUUUCUUCCUAGUCCCUGUGUGCUUGGUGAUUGACUAUUCCAAGAAUUAUUAUGGUCAAGAAUUCAUUACCCUUUUGCCAACAUAGUGAGGAGCCUCUCUGAACUUGCUAAGCCAGACAAUUGGCACAAUCUUUCACUGGACUCCUUCUUGAAGAUUUUCUAGCUCAGUAGAAUCUUCCAGAGUCUGUACUCUUCUGGCAUGUCCUUCCAGAACUUUAGGGUAUCAAAAGGUGACUUGAAUGAAAAGUGAAAAAAAAAAAGAAAUAAAAAGGGAACUGAUUAUUUUCAAAAUGACAAGAUUCAGUAGGAAUCUGUAAUUGGAAUUUGCAAUUGAGUCUAUUAAAAUACCUCCCAAAGUUGGUAUUCACUUUUUGAAUAUAUUUAUCUACCUGACAUAAAUCACAUAAUUUUUGUUUGAAUAUUGUCCUUAUUGCUUUAUGAAUUAUAUGCUGUUGUGUCUCAGAGUUAAUAAUGAUAGAUUCUCUCAGAAUGAUCCAUGUAUAAAAGUUCCAUGAUGCAACCAGUGUAUUUGAAUUCAUUGGCAGAGGAUUCUGCCCCCAAUCAUGUGAUCAGAGGUUGCUGUGAUUAGCUGGUACGUUUGCAGGAUUCUAUGUUUAAAUUGGUGUGUAGAGGAGGAGGAGAGGCUGCAGACAGUGAGUCAGCAGUUAGGGCUGGUUCUGCUUUAGAUCUACAUUUUAGUGAUAUAAAUGUUGCAUCCCUAGAUAAAGAACUAGAAGAUCAAGAAACCAGUGACCUUGGAUUAACAAGUCAAAGGUUACUGGGAAGUUCAGCUCCUGUCAAUAUUCCAGGUUCUCUUCCCCGUUCGCCAUCUUUGCAUUCAUCAUCAUCUCUCUCAACUUCCCCACUCAGUUCCUUGUCUCAGUCAUUAUCUCAGCCUCUUAUUCCAUCCACUAUGACUCCUCACCAACAGCAGCCUCAGCAUUUGAAAUCAGAGCAUAAUGUUUUAGGCACUUCAGCCUCUUCCCAUAAUUCUUUAGGAUUAAAUGGUGUUAAUGGCAGCAUCUGGGAUUUUGUAACUGGGAGUUUCUCUCCUAGUCCUUCCCCUAUAUUGAGCACUGGAACUGGCCCUUCAGCAAACUCAAGUGCUCACGGCACCGAAUUAGCUCGAGUCAGAAGGGAACUUGACGAAGCCAAGAGGAAAAUUAAACAGUGGGAAGAUUCUUGGCAACAAGUAAAACAGGCUUGUGAUGCAUGGCAGAGAGAGGCCCAUGAAGCAAAGGAACGUGCUAAAGUAGCAGAUACUGACAAACAGCUAGCAUUACAGAAGAAGGAAGAAGUUGAAAAUAAAUUUAAACGGCUACAGGAAGAAUUUGAAAGGCUUGGUUUAUCCUCUAAAUUUCCUGUUCUGAGGAGCUAUGGAGACAUAGAAACCAUCCCUUUACCAAAGCUGCAUUCAUUACAAAGUCAGCUGCGUUUAGAUUUAGAAACUGUGGAUGGGGUGAUCUUCCAACUUCAUUCAAAAAAAUGUGUCGUGUGCCAUGAACAUGAUCGUAGUAUCGUCCUGCAGCCCUGUCAGCAUUAUGUCCUCUGUGAGCACUGUGUGUCUAACCAGCUUGAAUGUCCUUACUGCAAGGCCCAGCCGAUCAAAUGGUGACCCCUGGCCCUGGUACUUAAGGCUAUAGCUCUGUGUGAAAUGGCAUCUGCUAUAUCAUGGUAACUAAUUAAGGACACUAUUUUAUGUUCCUAGUAUUUUAUAUAAAGACAGAUGUAGUAGUUCAUUUAUUAGUGACAGACUGAUCACAAUCUGGACCUCCAAGGAGAUAGAUAAUGGUAGUUUUUUUUUUUUUAAUGACUAUUAUUUGACUACCUUUACAUAUUGACUUCUUUUUACCAACCAUGUCUGAAUGUUUCAUGGCUACUUUGAUCCUCAAAACUCUUAAAAAUACACACACACAGAACCAAUUUGUCUGCUCAAUCCAUUCAGGUUCUCCCUCUGAGCUAAAUAUACUCAAGGUGUCUAUUCUGAAUGUUGUUUGGUAGGGAUUGAAAGUAUCUCUCUGUUACAUGAAUAGGCAACCUCAUUGAAAAAUGUCCCAUGGAGCAUUCUAAUUCAUGACCUGUUGGUGUGUGUAUUAUAUAAAUCAUGCCAGUAUUUUGGAAUCAGUCUAACACUACUGUUUACUAGGUUAUUAGAAGAAGUUUGAUUCUUGUGAAAGCACUUUGUUAACAAGAGGGUAUAGUUAGAGGUUAUGAUGUUGUUUUAAAUUGCUUUAAGCUGCUUUCUAGGUUUCAUGUUUUUUUAAUAUACGAUAAUAUGAAGCUUUAUAUGUGUACUGUGAACUUAAAAUAUUUCAUAUCAGUUUAUUAUUGUUAAAUCAUAGUAUGGUAAAUAUAUUGUUAGAUUUCAUAUUCUGAAAUUAGUACUUAUUAAAUGAACAUUUAUCUAGUAGUGAAAAACUUGCCUAGGAUUUUUACAGUUUUCAAAUUAAGUGCAAACAGAUAGUAUUUAUAAGCAAAGAGAGUGAUUAUUGAAAGGCACAUAUACUUAAGCAUUUAGAUAGGUUUUUAAUUUUAUGAAUGGAACUAAUUUUCCUAAACAUGUGCAUUUGCACAUAUUCCAAUUGGAGUUUUGUAAUCCUAAUGAAAUGAUUUUAAGAGAGAUCUAUCAUGCAUUUAUAUGAUCCAUGGCCACUUUUUCCAAGUGCCUAUAUGCCUUGCAAAAGAAUUGAAGGAAACAGCUUACAUUUUUGUUUUGUUCUUUUAUCCCUUAAAAAUGUGCAAGACAAUUUGAUACUAAUAAAAUCCUUACCUUUCUGUAAUGAUAGCAACUCAAUAUAAUAUCUUGUAAGGGAUGUGACACUAGAAUUUUUUAAAUUAAAUUAAAAUACACAGCUAUGUUCUGGUGAUCAAAUUUACCUAGAUCUUUAAUCAGGCAAUGGUGCUUUGUAAUUUUUUAGAGAUGUUGAUAGUCAUUCAUAUUUAACACUGACCGUUGGGAGUAUGCAAUUCAGGAGAAAUCAUUUACUGUAUGUUAACACUGUAUUUUGUUACUUUCAUAGAAAUAGCUUUUGGUAUAGGAAAAUGUUAACAAUGGUGGUUUUAUUGUACAAAAAUAAGUGUGACACAGGUACAGCUGACAUAGAAAAGACCUUCUACUGUGUUACCUAAUUUGUAUGUUCAGUUAUUGUUCUCAACAUAAGUUCAUUCAUGUGACCAGCAAAGUUUAACUUAAUGUCUUAAAAAAAAAAAAAAAGUUUUGAAAAUGAACAAAUCCAGGCUGACACCACACCCUUUUGACUUUGGUAUAUGGCUGUGUGAAUUGGAACAGUUACAAGAGCUGGGGGCCUGGACAGGAGGUUAGUCCAAAGAACAGAUCUAGUUUACCAGGGACUAGACUCAGCACAUUUUUGGUCAGUAGGCCCUGGAUAUUUAAGUGAUGGAUAGAAGGGAGGGACCUCAGUGACAGAGGAGACAUCAUUGAACCUGGCUUUUCUCUCCCUCAUUACAAAGCCUUUUCAGCACAGAGUUACAGUAAAGUCAAUUUUAAGCCAGGGAGAAGAAAUAAAUCAAACUCCAUGUCACUAAGCUGAGGGUACAGAUUGGGGAACAAAGACAGAAGCCUUUGUACAUUAAGAUUUGAACAGAACUUUAGAACAUUAUCUGAUGAGGAUUAACUUUGAUUGUUCCAGGUCUGGAUUUAGACAUUUUCCCUUAUAUUAAACAUUUGAGAAAAAUUGCUUCACUUUACCCAGACUUAUUUUAUUCCUGGCAAAGCAAGUUGUUGCUUCCAGACAAUUAGAUCUAGGGUGGUGCUUAUAAUAAGAGCAUUUUUUUUUUUUUUUUUUUUUUUUUUUUUUGAUUCACCAAGUGGAGACUGGGGAUUGGAAGACAUAGAGGGAUAGACCAGGAGAGUUGAAGUGGUACUUGAAUAACCAAGCUUUGCUGUGAAUAUCAAUGGACUUCUGUAUUUGUGUGGGCUUUGCCAAAGACUUUUAUUAAACAUUAAUAGCAUUUUUUAAAAGUGCAAAGUGACUAGGUAAGAAUUUUUAACAGUGACCAAAUUAGAAUGUAUUGUAAGGUAGUAUAUGUAUUGAUUUUUAAAAAUGUUUUAAAACAUACAACUGAUUUUAGACAAUGGUUUUAUUAUCUCAAUAUAGAAGAAUGUGGCACCACAACAUUCUGCAGCUAUUGUGCUAACAAAGGUAACUAUGUACUUAGUUUUUUUAGUGAAGUUUUUUUGUUUUUAAUUGUAGUGAGAUGAUUCCAAUUUAUAUUAAAAGUGGUCAUAUGCCUCAAUGCUUUUAGUUCAGUACUUAGACAUUAAGUAUAUUUUUGUGCUACUGUUAUCACUGUUUAAAAUUCUUUAUUUUUAUUAAUAUUUAUGCACUUGUUUCUCAUUUUAGGCCUUUUAUUUGGCCUUUUUGGAGUAACAGGACAGUGUUUUAUUGUCUAUAAUUGACUUCUCAAAUUAUGAAUGAGUUAGAACAAUUAAGCUUUAGAUCUUCAUAAGCUAAUGUGGUCAGUUCUUUUUGUUGAAUUUGGCUAAUUCUCAGGAGAUGACUUAUCUCCAGGGCUAACAUUCCCAUAGUAUCUCCUUCACACAAUGAAGAGAAGAUAGGGGCUGGGCUCUUCCCAAAGGCCCACCAUAUUAAGAAGCACAUUUGGCAUAGGGCCUGGAUUUUUUGGUAGUAAACACCUGUAUUGACUCUGUAGGAAUAAUUACUGAUAGUUUUUCAGUGUGAGAAGAGUUGCAGGUGUGUGUCCUUAUGUUUCUGUAGUGUUCAUCAUAGACUGAAAUUUGAGUUUUUAAAGACUGGGAGGAAAAAGGAGAGACCAAAGAAAUGUACCUGAGUGAAAUUCCCAGAGUAAGCGGCCUGGUCCUCGGUUACAUGCUAUUAUUCUGGCAAGUUCCCUGGGUGUGCUGAAUGAACCAUUUACAUUAAAAAAAAGAAAGAAGCUUUCUCUGUGCCACUUUAAGUCUAUAUUUGUGUUUCAGUUCCUUAGAAACAAUGGGACCUCCACAAGAGCAAUUUCCAGUCUUUUCCAAAGUGAUAUUUUUAAUACUGGAAAGUACAUUUGUUAUAUUUAAUGGAAAUAUGCUCAAAAGGGAAUGUUGAACAGGUUUCAUUGGCCUGAGUAAACCUGCUUAAAGAGAAACUGUUUAACAGAUACAAGACAAUUACAACAAUAUUAAAUAUAGUCUGCUCAUUGUUCCCAGUUCUAUAAAAUUGAAUUACCCCAGUGCUCAUAGGGAAGAGCAACUCACAAAAAGACCAUGUGGCAAAGAACAAGUUGAGAGUUUUUGAAGUGAAUGCUAUUCAGGUCCCUGUGUUCUCUGUGGAUUGAAGUAGCCAGGGAGCAGAGGAGAUGAGUGUGUCUCAGGGUGGGUUUCACAGUAAAGAACUCUUGUUCCACAAUUGGAGUGCUGGUUUCAAAAGGAGCUUGAGCUGUGUGUUUAUAGAUAUGUUCUAAUUAUUCCAUCAUCAUUUUUGUUGCCUAUUGUCUUUUUUCAUCUAUCUAGUGUUAAAUAUUGGUAGUAAUAUUAUUGUCACAAUAUAUUUGUGUAACUGUGGUCAGCAUAAGACCUUAAUUCAAUAUGGACUUUUCAUAUGUAUUAAUUUAUGAAAGCCGCUAAUAUGGUUUGAGUGUUUAGAUGAGAAUGUUAUUGUGAAUGGAAUUUCCUUAACCCAGAAGGUAGUAUUUAUAAUGCAUAAUCAUUUACUUGUAAUGAAUUGUUUAAAAUUGUUAACACUUGUUAAAUUUUUUUACACUAUAGCAUUUAUGCAAUGGUUUACAGAAUUCAUGGAAUUAUUUUUAUUAUCAGUAUGGGAAUUAAAAUUUUGAAUCUUUA